GCUUUCCCUGCCGACAGGGGCGUGGCCUUCAGCGUAAGGGGUGGAGCCUGGCCGCCCAUUCUGACCCCCGACCGCCCCGCUCUGGACCACCCCGCACCCAGACCCCCACGCACAUGUCGCGGCACGUGUUCCUCACCGGGCCUCCAGGGGUUGGCAAAACAACCUUGAUCCAGAAAGCCAUCGAGGUCCUGCAGUCCUCCGGGCUGCCCGUGGAUGGAUUUUACACACAAGAAGUCAGGCAGGAAGGGAAGAGGAUAGGAUUCGAUGUCGUCACCCUGUCUGGUGCCCAGGGGCCUCUGUCCAGAGUUGGGUCACAGCCUCUACCUGGAAAGCCCGAGUGUCGAGUGGGGCAGUAUGUGGUGAACUUGGAUUCUUUUGAGCAGUUGGCACUUCCUGUCCUAAGAAACCAUCAAGAAGCGUCCGAUGACAUCCCGAGUGGAGAGUCCAGCUUUGGGCAUUGGAUCCAUAUACAGAAUUGAGUUUUGCUCAGGCAAACAGAAUCCUGGGAAGAGGCAAGAGCCCGUGCUCCCGUGUGCUCGCUGGCUGGGUCAACAACUUGCCUCUUGUUUCUAAUGGGAAAAGGACAUAGAAACGGUUCAUAGCUUUACAGUCACCCAUGUUUCUGUAAUGAUUACAGCCAUAGACUCAGGCCGUCAAACUGGACUUGGGUGAAAUAAUCACGACCUGUGCCUGAUAUUCCGGGCUAUGUAGACAUUGGUUCACAUCCCCCCAGGAAGGGCCGUGCUCUGUCCUCAUGCCUCCAAGCAGUGAUGGAGGAGAAGGCUUGGUGGCUGCCCAGGGCUCCUGGGGACCAUGUAUCAUGGCACCCACUAUGGGAAAUAGUUUGUCAGGCUGCACUUCUGCUGGCGCUGAGCACUUCACACAUGCUCAGUAGAAAUGUCCUCUGGUUUGCAUUAAGGGAUAAUAGAAAUACAUACUUUUAAUGAUUUAUUAAGUGAGUGUUUUAGAAUCUAGCUCAUUGGUUCAGCCCCCUCUCUGUGUUUCAUGUUUUGAUGUAAGUAGAUCUUGCUUUGCUUUGUUUCAUUUUAUGUGUCUGGGUGUUUUGGCAGCCUGUGUGUCUGUUUACCAAGUGUGUGCAGUAUCCUCAGAGGCUAAAUGGGGGCAUCUAGUCCCCUGCAAUUAGAACUACAGACAGUUGUGAACCACCUUGUCCUGGGAAACACAGGCCCUCUGAGAGAGCAUCCAAUGUCCUUAGCUGCUGAGCUACCUCCCCAGUCCUAGCCAGAUAUUUCUUAAAGCAAAUGACCUUUAAUUUGUUGAUUCUACUUUUCCGUUCCUCACAUUGAUACUUUGUUUCUUUCUUUCCUUUUUUUUUUCUUUGAUUAGCACAGAAAAGCUCUGUCCUGAUCCAAAUUAAUGCAGCAUUUUACCUAUAUGUAUUUUCUGAUGUGAGCUUGUUAAAAAUGCAUUUUUAAUCCAUCUGGAUUUGUUUUGAAUAUAUGGCAUGCAGUGACACCCUUAAUUAGUUUCUUCGAGAUACUUGGCCAGUUUACUAAAAGCAUUUGCUAAAA